AUGGCGGCCCCGAAAGAAGCUACAGAGGCGCAACUAGCCCACCAAGCCCUCCUCGACGAGCUCGACAUCCAUUCCAUCCAUAAGAGCUUCCGCAACCCGUCCUGGAAACCCAACCAGCGCCGCAACAAGAACAUCAAGACCAUCCUCGGCGACGCCUCCCGCCGCGAGGCCUCGGCCCUGGCGACCCCGCAACAAGAGGAAGCCAGCGCCGCAGCCACGCCAGCGCGGACGACGCGAGGCGGGCGCGGCGGCGACGAUGACGGCCUCUCUACCAGCGGCGCCUCGACGCCCGCCGCCGGCAACGGCAGCAGCAACAACAACGACAACAACCCGAACCUCGCGCAGGCCUCGCGCAGCCUGUCGAAGCUGGUUCUCGAAAAGAGCCUUCGUCCCAACGGCGGUGGUGCCGCUGGCGGCUCGGGCCCGAGUGUUACGUACACCAACGUCGAGUCGGCGCCGUCGCUGGCGCACACGAAGCGGUACUGCGAUAUCACGGGGUUGCCGGCGCCGUACGUCGAUCCCAAGACGCGGCUGAGGUAUCACGACAAGGAGGUGUUUGGGCUGAUUCGGACUUUGCCGCAGGGCGCGGCUGAGCAGUAUCUUGAAGCGCGUGGUGCGCAUACUGUUCUCAAAUAA